GUCGGUAUCCAGGGAAAGGUAAACAAAGAUGGCGGAUUAUACCUAAUUAUUUCAGUAUAACAAAAACGCGACAGAAACAAAAUGCCGAAGAAAGGAAAGAAGGGGAAAAAGGGAAAGAAAGGGAAGAAAGGAAAGAAGGGAGGGAAAUCUGGCAAGAAGACAGAGUCCAUAGCGAAGAUUGCAGUAGCCAAUUCCAAAGUAUGGGAAACUCGCUUGGUAAUUGCUGAAAACUCCAAACAAGAAUACAGGGACAAUGCAAAGCAGUUGAUGAUAGAAAAUGAUGGACUGCAGAAGCAGAUGUUACAGACAGAGCGUGACACCAUCGACGUGAUCACCUUCCUCAAGAAAGAAGAUGCUGUCAAAGACAAUCACUUGGAGAGGCUGCAGCAGCAGAUCCGGGACCAGCGUAAGGAACAUCGGAAGGAGAAAGAGAACAUUGUGGAGGACUUCAGUAAACAGAUUAACGACCUUGAGGAGAGGUUGAUUGACAGGACAAAAGAGGUGGAGGUGAUGCAGAGUGAACUGAAGAUGGUGAAGGAGUUCCGCAGGAAAAGGGGACAGAUGCAAAAGGACCUGGAUGAGAUUAAAGAGUCCAUGUACACCGCCAACAGAGAGCACAAAUCAACUCUGUCAAGAAUGGAACAGAAAUUCUUUGAAGAAAAGAUGAGGUUGCAACAAGAGGCCAACCAGAAAAUUGCCGAGCUAGCUGAGAGGGCUCAUACUGAAGCCAUUGUCAAUCUUGACGAGACCACAAAGUCAGUCUACAAAGAGAAUGUGCGCUUGUCUGAGGCCCUGAGCUACCAUAUGAAGGAAGGGGAAGUGUUAAAGAAGGCGAACAAGAGAUUGGAGGAGGAGGUGGAGGCACUGAGUGGGGAGAAAGAAAUAAAUGAACUCAUGGUACAAGAGAAGGUUUCCCAAUCCAAGAACCAGAAACAACAGAUUAGGGAGAUGACAGAGAAGGUCAACACCCUGGAGCAUUCCCUGAGCCACAUGUCUCGUGAGUUCCAUACAGAGAAACGAGCCAUCUCCGAAAAGCUCCGCAUCGAAGCAGAAGCCUCAAAGAUAGAACUUGCCAAGCUACAGAGAGUGAUUGAGUUGAAAACCAAGGAGAUGAACAAAGUAAAGAGGCUGGCUAAAAAUAUCCUGGAUCAAAGAACGGAACUGGAGCGAUUCUUUUUAGAGUCACUGGAGCACGUGAAGCAGGAAAUAGCUGCCAACCAAGAUCAGUAUCGCCGUGAUGCACAUCGGGCUUAUCAGGAGAAGAUGCUAGCCGCCCAUGGAGGGAAGGGAGAGUACCCGAAGAUCCGCACAUUCAACAAGUCUGAAACCAGCACCAACAGUGUGUUCAGAGACCUAGAGGCGGCUGAAAAACUGUAUGCCAGUGGGAAGGUUGACAUCAGUGACCUCACAUGGGAACAAAAGGAGCGGGUCAUGCGCUACCUAUUCGACCGGAUGAACGGGGGAAGCUCAAACGAACACCGCAAGGCGUCCUCUGCCCCCUUGCCUGCCAUCGAACAGGGGAAAAACAGGCUCUCUCUGACACACUCUCAUGACGAUACUGAACUUCCAAAAGAUUCAGACAAGCCAGACACAACUUUCCUGACCCAAGCCCAAGUCGAUGUACCCGAGGCAACCACUGCAUGGCAAGAACCAGCCCAGGUGGCCACGUGACCCAUCUGUCGUCUCAAAAAAUAAAGUGCCCAGAAUUUAGAUGAGGGCUGUCUCGAAAACAUUUCUGUAUUUUUGAGAGACUGAUAAAAUUCUCUAGAUUAUUUGUCAAUGUUGAAAUGGUUUGACUUCAUGAAUAUUGUAUUCUUAACUUUUCAUUCAAUUAAAUGACAUAUCAUUGAGAAUGUGAAUUAAUAUUUGUAUAUGUAAGAAAAAGUAUCACACAUGCUUUAUUGACUCUGUUUCUUUGACAAAAAAACAUACAAGUAUUAGCUUAUUUUUAGGGGAAAAUGUGCCCCCAACGUUUUUAUUUUUUAUGUCUUAUAAUGCGUUGUGCUAAACAUUAUUUUAUUGUUUCAUGAGGUAAUCAUGUUUAUACAGGCAUGUCUGUGAUAAGAUAUUUAAACUGCUGCAUUUAUUGUACAGCAACCAUAAUAGAUGGUAUGUCCAUGUACUUUGAAAGUUGUAUCGAUAAUGACCGACUUUUAAGUAUUUCAAUUUUGCAUAUGUUUUAUUUUAAAGCUGAUUGGUUUAAUAUUUUCACUUUGGUAUUGUCAAUUAAAAAAUACAGUUUUUAUGUUAAAAGUUAAGAAGGAGAAUCUGAUAGUUGUAUUAAACCAACCAAAGAUUUUACAAGAUCAGUUGGAUCAUUAAUUUGCCUCAUUCUGGAAGUUCUUUAGUUUUUAUUGUACCUUUUUUGUUUAAAAUAUUUUGUUUGUCAUUAAAAAAUAGAAAGUAAAAUA